CUCCUAGUGCGCUCCAGCUCCAAUCCCUCCGAUCCCGCAGCUGGGCGCGUGGGGCAUGGCGCAGAGGCUGGGCGAGUGGGCACGGGGGCCGGCCGAGGCCACGGGGCUCUACCGAGCCGUGCUGCUCAGGUCGGCCUCCAUGUACUCAGAGAUCCAGAGGGAACGAGCAGACAUCGGGGGUCUCAUGGCCCGGCCAGAGUACAGAGAGUGGAACCCAGAGCUCAUCAAGCCCAAGAAGCUGCUGAAUCCCGUGAAGGCCUCCCGGAGUCACCAGGAGCUGCAUCGAGAGCUGCUGAUGAACCACAGAAGGGGCAUUGGCGUGGACAGCAAGCCGGAGCUGCAGCGCGUGCUGGAGCACCGCCGGAGAAACCAGCUGGUGAAGAAGAAGAAGGAGGAGCUGGAGGCCAAGCGGCUGCAGUGUCCCUUCGAGCAGGAGCUGCUCAGGCGGCAGCAGAGGCUCAACCAGCUGGAAAAAAAACCAGAAAAGGAAGAGGACCAUGCCCCGGAGUUUAUCAAAGUUCGCGAAAACCUUCGCAGAAUUGCCACGCUGAGCCCUGAAGACAGAGCGCUGUAGACAGCUGUUUGGCUGCAGGCCCAGGCCGUACCCUUCCCCCCUCCUCCUCCGCCUCCAGCCCCCUGUACCUGGCAGACCCCCC